AUGGUCCUGCUGGAGAAGCAAUGGGUGAAUGUCCAAGAGAAGACAUUUACAAAAUGGCUCAACAACAAGAUCGCCUCCCGUGAAGUGGCCGUCAAAUCUCUCGUGACCGACCUUUCCGACGGAAUCAUCCUCAUCCAUCUCCUCGAAAUCCUCAGCAAUGAAUCUCUGGGCCGAUAUGCCUCCAACCCAAGGUUACGGGUGCAAAAAUUCGAAAACGUCAACAAGUCGUUAGAAUUCAUCAAGAGUCGGGGCAUUCAGAUGACAAACAUCGGCGCCGAAGAUGUGGUGGAUGGAAACCGAAAGAUUAUUCUCGGUCUGAUAUGGACACUUAUUCUCCGGUUCACCAUCUCCGACAUCAACGAAGAGGGCAUGACCGCCAAAGAGGGACUCCUUCUGUGGUGUCAACGAAAAACAGCAUGUUACGAAGGAGUCGAGGUGCGAGAUUUCUCGACUUCAUGGAACGACGGCCUCGCUUUUUGCGCUCUCCUCGAUAUUCACCGACCCGAUCUCAUUGACUUCGACACCUUGGAUAAGUCGGAUCACAAAGGAAACAUGAAAUUGGCGUUCGAUAUCGCCACCAAAGAAAUCGGAAUUCCCGAUUUACUCGACGUGGAAGAUGUUGCCGAUGUCCCCAGACCGGAUGAGCGUUCCCUCAUGACAUACAUCGCCUACUGGUUCCACGCAUUUAGCGCCAUGGAAAGAGUGGAAAAUGCCGGAAGACGCGUGGAAAAGUUUGUCAGCAAUAUGCAAGGUGCCUGGGAAAUGGAGUCUGCAUAUGAAAAGCGCAUGCGUGCACUGCUUCAACAGAUCCGACAUCAACGACAGUCAUGGCACAACUCGAGAUUUGAAGGGACAUACUCGGACGCCAAAGCGCAAGCCAAUGAACUGGCGAGCUACAAACGGAAUCAAAAGAGAAAAUGGGUGGCGGAGAAGUCGGACCUGGCCGCUCUUCUCGGAAACAUCAAGACAAAGUUGUCCACCUACCGCUUGCGGCCAUACGUGCCACCAGCCGACCUGCGACUUGAAGUGCUUGAUCAUGAGUGGGCUACAUUGGGCACCGACGAGCACGCACGAAGCAAACUGAUCAACGAAACGAUUCGAGAUAUCAAAAAUGCGUUGAGACGAAGUUUUGCCGACAAAGCCAACGACUUUGCGCUCACUCUCAAUACACUGUCUCUCGCUGUGUCCGGGCUGGAAGGUGAUGUUGAAGACCAACUGCAGCAUGCACAGCGACUUUCGGCCAAUUUGGCACCCCUUGAGCAAUAUCUGGAAGGAAUAGCUGUCCUUGAUGAGAAGUGCCAGGAAGCCCACAUCGAUGAAAAUGAUUAUACCACUUACACGUACGACGAACUGUUGUAUGAGUUGAGUUUGGUCAAGACCAGUGUGCAGAAGAAGCUGACCUUCCUUGAAAACCAAAUGGUCGCACGAAAUAUGACGAAUCUGACGCCCAUUCAGCUGGAGGAGUUUGAAUCAGUGUUCCGACAUUUUGACCGCGAUGGAACAAACACGCUGCAAGAAUUGGAGUUCAGUGCAGCGUUGGCCUCUCUGGGAUUGGUGUAUGACGAGCAGGAGAUGCACGAAAAGUAUCUCGAGGUAUGCUACAACGGUAUCGACCCAUCCAUGUCCCCUGUGUCUCGAAGACAGAGAGAAAGCCGGGGAGUCGGGUUUGAGCAAUUCAUUCGAUUCAUGGUGUCCGUGACCGAAGACCAAAACAGCGCCGAACAAGUAUUCCAGUCAUUCCGAGAAGUGGCAGAUGGAAAGCCAUAUGUCACCGAGAUGGACCUCAGACAUUCAUUGAUCCCUGAAGACCUGAUUGAAGAUCUCCUUCACAGUAUGCCGGAACACAGAGGUCCCGAUUUGGAGGCAGACCGAGACGUCCCCAAAUAUGAUUAUAUUUCCUUUAUGCAGGGCAUGAUUGGCGAUGGACAUGGCAACACCAGCGAGAGGGACGACGAGAGGAGCAGAGCCAAUGGAGUCAAGACUCCUACCACCCCCAGAAGAUAG